AUGUCUGACACUCCACCCGGACUGUAUCGGGAGCGAGCAGCCUCGCCUCCCAGAGAUGUGGAAACAGUCACUUUCUGGCUCGGCACGCGUUCGAUCACAGGCACCGGAGAAGUCUACAACUCCAAGCAUCGCAACGUUCGCCGGUUGACGAUCCAACCCAAGUGGUUCGACAAAGUUGCCACUACAGCCUUGUCCAUCUGUCCCAAGUUCGCACAGCCUCGUCUGCAGAAAUGGUUCCCGGAAUGGUACCUUCCUCGCAACAUUGUGUUGAAGACGCAAAAGAAGAACUGGGAAAAUGAAUUCCACGCUGAGAUUAAGUACUACAAAGCCUUGGAGUCCAUACAAGGCAACUACAUCCCAAAAUACCUUGGAGCCACCGAAUUCAACGGGGUCAAGGGCCAUGUGUUGUCCGAUGUUGGCGGCAUCUGCAUGGCCGACAUUGAUGAAGACAACGAAGCGAUUGCUCCCGCCAUCGAGAAGUUGUUCCGCCACACAAUCUCUGAGGUGGCUGCCAUGGGCUACUACCAGAACGACAUGAGGCUUGACAACUUCCAUCUCGUGGGCGAUAAAAUAGUCAUCGUGGACUUGGAGCAAAUGGGCAGAUUUUCGCCCCAAUUCAACUUGGAAGGAAUCACUGGCUUUCUUGUGCAGAAGGUGACGGCGAUUUUUGCCAAGUACCAACGGGGAAUGAGGGAUAGAUUUACCAGUGAUUUGUACGAAGACUGA